GUAGUGAAUGGGUAAUGUAAUAGCGCAGGGCAGUGGUAAGCGGCGAGCAGGACUCGCCGCUGGUUCAAUCGAUUCACCGUCUUCCGCACCGUCUUAAGACUUUAAAAUUUAUCACGAAAACAUGAUCGAGUAACUUUGAAAGAACGGGUAAGAAAGAAGUUCACUCUCGAAGCACUAACACUCGAUGACGUCAUUCCACCAGCGGCAACAUGGAGCCCGAAGAAACGCGAUAGGACGCGGGCUCGACUCGGGUCGCGUUCGCUUCGAACUGUCCGUCGAGUUAACCUCAAAAACUGUUCGCGACAGACAACUAGCAGCGAUCGUUCACUGCUUUUUCCUCUCGAAAACCGUAUUAAAGAACACCGUCCGCGACUAUAAUCCCUUCCGUUUCACACGUGAUUUCCAAGAGAACGCUAACAGAGGGCAGUGGUACGCGCGUGCCCCGCGACUGCGAUUCCUUCACUGCGGGUAACCAGAGAUUCGUAAUCGAAGCUGUGUGUCGCGAUGCCUCCUUCGCUUUUCGACUAGGACUAGGGGACUAGGGGACGUCUCGUUCGAGCCGAACGGAGCCGACGUCUCGAGUCGUGGCAAGUCGUGAAGAGUCGUGCUGGCUCGUGUCGCGUCGUGCCGUUUCGUUUCGACAACCCCGCCGUUCUCCUUUUUCCUAACCUCACUUUUCCAGUUUCUCCUUACUCGUUCUUCUUCUCCCGUCAAAAGCUUUCCGAAUAUCAAAUUUGCGUUCCAAAACGAUACGCGACUCGUACGUUUACUGCGACGUCCUUAUCCUUUACGACUUUUGAACCAACUAAACCGAACCCCAGAGCUCACCGAUUCGGACGAAUCGACUCUUCUCGACUCGACUCGACUCGACUCGACUCGUUCCGUUUGCCCACUUUACUCGCCCUUCCAAUGCGCGGUUACACGCGAAACGUGAUCGCGCCGCAACGAAAAUAAUCGCUUCCUCGACAGAUCUACACGCUACGAGUCUACGACGACGUCAUUCCGUGUCGCGCGACGCGCCACGUUCGGACGCGGCGUUACGUUGCUCCGGAGUUUACAACGGAAUCGAGAGAAAUGUCACCGACUACUACCUACGUCUCUCGAAUCAAUCAGAUCGACGCUGCUCAAUUGGACGAGGAAAUCUACAAAGUGCUUAGGAAGCAGGUGAAAGAGAUUACCAAGUACCAACCGAUCGAGAAGAUUGAUCGAUGGCAGCCUGAAAUCGACGCUCUUCUCCGCUAUUUCGUAUGGAACUUUUCAUUGCGACGAGGAAACUCGACCUUUGGCCAACAACUGUUGAAUUUGCAUUACGGGAACAUCACACGUACAAAGUCCGUUCUCUAUUUAAUUUUAACUAUCGUCCCGGCAUACGUAAGAGAUAAGCUCGCAAACACCGAUGUCAAUGAAAAUUUAAAGACCGCGUUCGAUCGUAUCACGGACGUCUCAAGAUUACUCGAGUUCCUCAACUUGCUGUUGUUUCUACAUAGAGGAAGGCAACCUCGCUUGGUCGAGUAUCUGUUGGGGAUAGCGAACAGUUCGACGACCGUUCAGAAACCCAGAAACAUUGGCUACUCUUAUAUGACGAGAGAACUGCUCUGGCACGGUUUAAUGGAAUUGUUCACCACCGGCUUACCCAUGGUUAAUUUCCAUUAUAUCAAGCACGCGUUCAAGAAGCUUUUCACGCGAUCCGGAAAACACGCCGCUGUACGACGCUCUUUCCCCAUCAUGGAUCAAUCGACCAACUGCGCUCACUGCGGCGACACUCCGAUUUUACCGGUGCACGCUGGCUGCCAACACAUCUUUUGUUACUAUUGUCUAAAAGCGCACUUUGCCGCGAUGAACGAGUUUCAGUGUCCCGAGUGUGCCACGCGACUGUACACCGGCGACAUGAAAACGUAUCAAGCAAGUUUCGCAACAACGUCCGGCGAACUGGCAACGAGUUAACCACCCAAAACCAUCCAUCAUCAUAUUGUAUUUACAUUUCUCUGGUCUGUAUGAGAAACUAGAUGUGUAUCAUUCACAUACGUAUUAAUCUUUUUUUUUUAUUAAAAAAUUGCAAUACAAAAAUUUUCUUUAUUCACUUUGAUACAAGGUUUUAACUUUUUUUUUUUUUCUCAUUUACUCGGCGUUUCCUUCGAAACAAACGAUAAUGGAUCAAUUACCAGAUAUGUUCGUUGUUUAUCGAAAUAACCAAAGAUUACCGUAUAAAAAUAUCAUGCCGCAUCGUUAUAAAACGCUUUCCCUUUCGUGCACCCGACGCGAUACACACCUUUUGGUUUUUUUUGUUCUCCUUUGUUUGUUUGUUUGUUUUUUUUUUUUGUUUGUUUGUUUGUUUUAUAUUAUGUACAUACAUUGGUCGAUUAAUUUAUUCGUUAUGUUGUUUCGCUUGCUCGAUGGGCGGGCACGUCCUUCGAUCGUCUAGCAAUAAUAAUUACAACAUCGAUACGAAACAAGUUUGAACAAACAACGUUCAAAACUCGUUUGUAUUCGCUUUUAAUCCUUUGACUCGUUCGCGUUUCUCGCUGUUCUGGAAUGUCUUAUUUCUCAUUUCUCGCCUUUUCCACUAGCUGAUAGGCACGCUGCGCGAGCGUGUUUCAGCGACUAGAUCGAUAAUCAUCGCUGCUAAAUACUUUGUUUAUCCGAUUCAAAGGCUUUUUCAAUUCUUUGAGGAAAACGAGCAUACCCAAGAUCCCAAGUUAAUAAUACUAACUUUGUUAAUCGCAGUAACAAUACGUUUUUCGACACUCUUACAGCCAUUAAUGAAAGCUAUAUCGGAUCACAUAGUUUGUCAUCGUUAUCACUUUUAGAUACGCGUUGUUCUUUCUACGUCGAAAGAAACGCGAAAGAAAGAUCGAGCUCUGAUCGAUCGUGCAAGAGCUCCGAGAGAAAAAUCUUGCGCCCAUCGAUCAAGCUUCAUCUCGCGAAUAACGAAUCAGCGUUGCGAUCGAACGCUUGUACGACGUUCCAUCGCGAAAACGAAAACUAAAACGAAAACGAAAACGUAAACGUAAACGUAAACAAGAA